UCCACCCCACGAUGGCUGAUAGUGGCAGGCCACCACGAGAAGGCUCUGGCUAUUCUCAAAAAGGCAGCGAGGUGGAACAAAGUCGCUCUGCCUCCAGAUUCAGAGUUACGAGCAGUCAUGAACGAGAUUCAGAGGGAGAGUAACGAAGCCAGAGCCGUGGCCACGGCUAGGGAAUCGAACGAUUCCCUGACCGAGUCGCAGAGACUGGCUGCUGACUCUUCCAAAAGUAGGCAAAUUGCAUCCAGUUUCGCCUGUUUGCUGAGAUGUGGACUUUGCAGCACGGUACACAUCCGAAUCGUCACACUGGUGAUGACCCUGUGCUUCUGCGUGAGCUCCUUGGUGUUCCACGGGCUCACCCUCAGCUCCAAGAACUUCGACAUCAACAUCUUCGCCUACAUCAUCGUCGGGGGCCUGGCCGAGGUGCCGGCAUACAGCCUCUCCGCCGUCAUCGUCGACAAAUUCGGACGAAGGAAGCCCCUGUCCAUUUGCUUCUUCGUCUGUGGGGUGUCUCUGGUGGCUAUAGUCGUCAGUCCUCAAGAUAUCACGUGGCUGAUCAUGCUGCUGGCCAUGGUGGGAAAACUGGGCAUCGCUUCGGCCGGACAGAUGAUAUACCUGUACCUGUCUGAACUGUACCCGACGGAAUACAGGUUACAGGGGAUGGGCGUGGCCAUCUUGGCCCAGAGACUCGGCAGUAUGAUGGGUCCUGUAAUUAUUUCAGUUAUAAGCCCACUUUCCUGGUGGGGUCCAUCUGCCGUCAUGGGCGCCGUGACACUCCUGGCCAGCGUGGCCACUCUAGCUCUACCUGAGACCUUGGGAGCCGUCCUGCCAGACACUCUGGGAGACUUGGCCGAACUCUUUGCCAACAAGAACAGGAAGAAGAAUAAAGCGAGUAACGGCGAAAGCACAGACAUGGCGGAAGAGAGCAAGCCCAUGAGGACGUAGUGCGGAAAAACUGUCGGGUUUGGUGAAAGCUAAAGGAGAAUAACGAAUCUAUAUGUCCCCUUGUCGUGCCGUGGCAGCCUACUGGUCGAGUCACCAUAGCAGCUGAAAUACGGCCCAUAGAUAGUGAUUCUCUCAACUUUAAAUUAGAUUUGGUUGAGAUAAUUUUGAUAAUUCAUUCAAGUUUAUGAUUUUUUUAAGAACUCUUGUGUGUGUGUGUGUGUGUGAGAGAGAGAGAGAGAGAGAGAGAGAGAGAGAGAGAGAGAGAGAGAGAGAGAGAGACUAUGUCAGUUAAGCUUCGUAGAGAAAUCACAAUUAGACCGAUGUUGUCGACAACCCCUUUUGUCUUAGCUGUUGUUUACUGUUUAUUGUUUAUUUCUGUUGUUAUUGUUUAUUUGUUCAUCUCUGUUUAUUUUUUGCAGUCGUUGUAGCUCUAACCUUGCCCCACAUUCAUUGACAAAUCUCGAUGACAGAUUAUUCAGUCUAGUACAAAAGUCAUAAUGGCACAGACACCUCGCAAGGACAAUGUAACUUCAAUAAAUAUAUUAUAAAUAA